UCCGCCUCCUCCCUCGCGCUCCGGUUUCAUCUCUUUUAACUGUAUCAAUCGCUCUCUUUUAUCCUCCCGCCUUUUCACACCACCUUUGAUCUGCGUUUCCUCAUAUCGGACUUGUUACAUUAUUGCCGCCUUUGCCGCGCGAGCACCGCUAAUUACAGCGGACGGUGGCGCGGCCCCGUGCGAGCGCGUCCCCGAGCGCGUCCCCGAGCGCGGGCAUGCUGUGAGGAUGUGCGCCGCGAGGUUCGCGGGGAGCGCGGACGGCUGCGCGGACGGGCCCGCCGGCGCGCCCGACUGGCACGAGGGCGUCGCGCGGGUCCUGCGCAGCCUCGAGAUCGGCACGGUCAUGACCGUGUUCUACCAGAAGAAGUCCCAGCGGCCCGAGCGGAGAACCUUCCAGAUAAAGCAGGACACGAGGCAGGUGGUGUGGAGCCGCAGCCCCGACAAGGUGGAAGGCGAGAUCGACGUAACGGAGAUCAAGGAGCUGCGCCUGGGGAAGGGCUCCCGUGACUUUGAGCGCUACCCCGAGGAGGCGCGCAAACUCGACCUGUCGCUCUGCUUCAUCGUCCUUCACGGCCUGGAGUUCCGCCUCAAGACCCUGAGUGUGGCAGCCUUCAGCGAGGAGGAGGUCACCAUGUGGAUCACGGGCCUCAACUUUCUCAUCGCGGACACCCAGAGGUCCUCGGCCCCCCAGCACAUCGACAGGUGGCUGAAGAAGCAGUUUGACGCCAUGGACCGCAACCGUGAAGGCAGCAUCACUGCCAAGGAUGUGAAGGCCCUGCUGCCCCAGGUCAACUACCGCGUUCCCAACAUGCGCUUCCUGAAGGACAAGCUGCAGGAGGUGGAGGCCCGCUGUGAGUUGACCUUCCCCCACUUUGUCCAGCUGUACAGGACGCUAAUGUUUGAUGCACAGAGGAGUAUCAUUGAACAGCUGGAGCUGUCCUUCCCGCUGCGCAAUGUGGAUCGGCCCGAGCUCUGCCAGAUCUCUCUGUAUGACUUCCAGAAAUUCCUGCAGCUGGACCAGAAGGAGUCGUGGGCGGCCGACAUCGGUCGCGUCAGGGACUUCAUGCUGGGGUACCUGAGGGGCGGAGCCCAGCUGGACCCCUCGCUGCAGCUGGAUGAGUUCCUCACGUUCCUGUUCUCCAAGGAGAAUGCUGUGUGUGAGCCUUACCCCGUAGCCGUCUCCCCCGAGGACAUGAAGAGGCCUCUGUCCCAGUACUGGAUCUCCUCCUCCCACAACACGUACCUGACGGGGGACCAGUUCUCCAGCGAGUCGUCCCUGGAGGCGUACGCUCGCUGUCUGCGCAUGGGCUGCCGCUGCAUCGAACUGGAUUGCUGGGAUGGACCCGACGACCUUCCCAUCAUUUACCAUGGCCACACGCUCACCUCCAAGAUCAAGUUCCUCGACGUGCUGCACACCAUCAAGGAGCACGCCUUCGUCACGUCCGAGUACCCGGUGAUCCUGUCCAUCGAGGACCACUGCAGCGUGGUGCAGCAGAGGAACAUGGCCACCCAUUUCAAGAAGGUGUUCGGGGACCUGCUGCUCACCAAGCCCGUGGACGUCGCUGCGGACGAGCUGCCCUCGCCCUACCAGCUGAGGAGGAAGAUCCUCAUCAAGCACAAGAAGUUGGCCGAGGGGACGCUGUACGAGGAGGUCACGUCGGCCAGCUACUCCGAGAGCGACAUCAGUAACUCGCUGCGCAACGGCAUCCUGUACCUGGAGGACCCCAUCGACCACACCUGGACUCCACACUACUUUGUGCUGACCAGCAAUAAGAUCUACUAUUCGGAGGAGACGUCUCGCUACCAGAGCACCGAUGAGGAGGAGGACGACGAGAGCAAGGAGGAGUGCAACAACAACGAGCAGCACUGCGCCGAGCGCUGGUUCCACGGCAAGCUGGGCGGGGGGCGCGAUGGGCGCCAGGUGGCGGAGAAGCUCCUGCAGGAGUACUGCGAGGGCGGCGGGAAGGACGGCACCUUCCUGGUGCGCGAGAGCGAGACCUUCGUGGGCGACUACACCCUGUCCUUCUGGCGCUCGGGCCGCGUCCAGCACUGCCGAAUCCACUCGCGCCAGGAGUCCGGCUGCACCCGCUUCUACCUGACGGACAACUUGGUGUUCGACAGCCUCUACCGCCUCAUCUGCCACUACAGGGACACACCGCUGCGCUGCAACGAGUUCGAGAUGAGGCUGGGAAACCCCGUGCCGCAGCCCAACGCCCACGAGAGCCGAGAGUGGUACCACGCGUGCCUGUCCCGUGUGCAGGCUGAACACAUGCUGAUGCGUGUGCCCCGGGACGGCGCCUUCCUGGUGCGCAAGCGCAGCGAGGCCAACUCCUACGCCAUCUCCUUCAGGGCGGAGGGGAAGAUCAAGCACUGCCGCAUUCAGCAGGAGGGCCGCCUCUUCAUGCUGGGCAGCUCGGCCGAGUUUGAGAGCCUCGUGGACCUGGUCAGCUACUACGAGAAGCACCCGCUCUACCGCAAGAUGAGGCUGCGCUACCCCAUCAAUGAAGACACGCUGGAACGCAUGGGCACCACGGAGCUGGACUACGGGGCGCUGUAUGAGGUGCGAACACCACACUUCUACGUGGAAGCCAACAAGAUGCCGACCGCUCGGUGCACCGUGAGGGCUCUCUACGACUACAGGGCACAGCGUGAAGAUGAACUGUGCUUCCCCAAGCAGGCCCUCAUCGUCAACGUGGACAAGCAGGAGGGCGGCUGGUGGCGUGGUGACUACGGGGGACGGAAGCAGCUAUGGUUCCCCGCCAACUACGUGGAGGAGCUUCCCUGUUCCCCGUGCCGAGAGUCAGAGGACGUGUCGUCUGAGAGCAGCCCUCUAGGCACCUUCCUCAAAGGCUUCAUCGACGUGUCAACCUGCCAAGUGGUGGUCCAGAAAGAGGGCAAGAGCUUGCGGCCCUACGUCUUCACCGUGCAUUCCCAGCAGAUGUCCUCGCACCCGGUUCAGACUCUUGACGUGGCGGCGGAUUCCCUGGAGGACCUCAACGGAUGGGUGGCCAAGAUCCGGGAGGCGGCCCAGAACGCAGAUGCGCGGAUGCAGGAGGAGAAGCAGAUGGAGAGGCGGAAGAAGAUUGCGCUGGAGCUCUCGGAACUCGUGGUGUACUGCCGACCUGUGCCCUUCAAUGAGGAAAAGAUCGGCACAGACAAGGCCUGCUACCGGGACAUGUCCUCCUUCCCGGAGACCAAGGCGGAGAAGUUUGCCACGCGUGGCCGGGGAAAGCGCUUCCUGCAGUACAACCGGAGGCAGCUGUCCCGCAUCUACCCCAAGGGCCAGCGCCUCGACUCCUCCAACUACGACCCGCUGCCCAUGUGGCUGUGUGGCAGCCAGUUGGUGGCGCUCAAUUUCCAGACACCCGACAAGCCCAUGCAGCUGAACCAGGCGCUGUUCACCCUGGGAGGGGGCACUGGUUACGUCCCGCAGCCGGACAUCAUGAGGGAGGAGAGCUUUGACCCCUUCGACAAGGAGACGCUGCGCGUGGAGCCUAUCACCAUCCAGAUGCAGGUCCUCGGAGCGCGCCACCUGCCGAAGAACGGCCGCAGCAUUGUGUGCCCCUUUGUCGAGGUGGAGGUGUGCGGGGCCGACUACGACUGCAGCAAGUGCAAGACCGAUGUUGUGGCGGACAAUGGCUUGAAUCCCGUGUGGAUGCAGAAGCAGUUUGUAUUUGACAUCCGAAACCCCACGUUCGCCUUUCUUCGCUUCGUCGUGUACGAGGAGGACAUGUUCAGUGACCCCAACUUCCUGGCCCAGGCCAGCUAUCCUGUCCAAGCCCUCAAGACAGGUUACAGGAGCGUUCCACUGAAGAACAGCUACAGUGAAGAACUAGAACUGGCCUCACUGCUCGUGCACAUUGAGAUUGUUAAUGCCAAGGACGAUGAGAACCUGUACACAUCGAUCCAACGGCUGCGGGACCGCACAAGUGAGCUCUCCAAUCAGGUUUCAAUCCUCGAGAGAUCCGGCUCGGCUGACCACAGCUACCAGCAGAGCCUGGAUGAGCUGCGAGCUGCACAGGACCAGCUGACAGAAUUGAUGGAGGCACGCAGCCAUAGGCUGACGGAGAAUAAAAAGCGAGAGAAGCUGAGGCAACAGAUGGGAAUGAAACGCAGUUAGAGCACUGACCAGUAGGAGGCAGCAUAUGACGGCAGGCCGAAGGUAGAAGAUGUGUGUGGAGAUGGUCGUUCUCCAAACCGUUCCUGAACGGAAACAACCCAGAACUGGAAUUAUAGUCAUCAAGUGCUAGCUGACCUUGACAUAAAACAAUUUAAGAACAGACACACAACGCUUUGCUGGACCACAAGAGCUGUGGAGCACACAAAACAAAAAGCAGGAUACACAACCGCACAAGAUGGACAAAGAUCUCGUAGGACAAUCUAGGGCCACCGCUGACAUUGUGGGACAAAAACUUUACUAAUACUGUGUGAAAUAUCUAACGAUGAAUAACACAGGAGGAAGGAUGAAGGAAAGGGAAAAUGGGGCCAAAACACACUCAGGUCACUCUUGUUACACUAGCUGGGAGGACGUGAUGAGAAGCAGAGCACUGAGGAAAGGGACUCUUAAGGGCUGCAGGUGUGACAGCAACAUGUGCGUAAGUCCGUGCCUCUAAUGCUGCACAUGCACCCUUACCUGUGCGUAUGAGCGUGAGGGACGAGCACGGGCCAGAGCUAACCCCACGCUGCAGUGUAUGUCUCUGCUCAUCACGCAGCUGUCCUGUCUUUGACCCACUGGUCAGCCAACCGCCACUCUGCUCCUCACAUACACAGGAAGUAGGGGAGAGGAAAUGGACAUGAGCACCGAAACAGCAACAGACAAAGAAAGAGAGAGAACAGCUUUAAGGUGCCAGGCAACAAACCUGUCAAGUUGUGUGUCUGUCACUCAUUUCAAAUUUUAUAUAGUAUGUACAUAUUUUCAGUCAGCUAUUCGGACAUUUUUCAAACACACACGCACGGAGUGCAUUGUGUGUGGGUGUGCUGUCCGUGGGCCGCUGGGGCAGAGCACUGUCCACCCGAUUCCACCCGCUCAACCAUCUGCCCACACCUAGGGAUUGGUGUAUGAAAUAAGAGGCAAGAACUUCAGCCUUGUCGCCCAUGCAGGGGGUCCCAGGCCAGGGAGCUCCCACAUGUUCCACCAUGCCUUCGUGAAGGGAGUAAAGAUGGUAAGAUUCAUGCAAUAAACAUCAGGAAUGAAAAUUUUACUUAAGGAGCACCAAACUACAAGUGGUAGAACCCCAACAUAUGGUCUGCUGUGCUGCCAGAGUGGCAGCAUUACUGCCCUGUACAGGAUCUCACGAUGACGGUGUGGCCACACCCUCUCGGACCCUUGCUGGGUACGUGAAGGAGUGUCCUAGCGACCAAGACUUUACCAUGCCCCCCCCACCACUCAGGCCCAACACAUAUUGUGGGGAGCUCAACACUGACUGAUGCAAUAGAUGAUUCCUAAACAUAAACCAUACUUUUUUGUACUUAUUUUAAAGUGGACUCUCUUAAGAAGGCAGGAUACACAUGCACGCACACACAGGGCCCAUGAUUUUGUCUUUAGUCCUCCUUGGUGUUUAUCACUCUAGAGCAGUGAGACCAAGACUGAAAAAACAAAUCUGUGAACAAGGGAAAGUGAAAACCGAGACUGUACACAAACAUAAACGCCUGGUCUUAAGGGUCCCUUUCCUCACACUUUGAGACUCAUGACCGCUUUGCAAAUGGUGUGUAUCAUUUAUGCCAGCAUUUGGAUGGAUGGAUGUUCAGACGGACGGAUAGACACACUGAUGGAUUGAUGGAUGAUAGGAUGCUUCUGUACCUGUGGCCAAAUAGCUAAUGUUUAAAGGUUGAAAACUGUCCUCUCUGGAAUCAACAGGGACACGAGUGACACAGUGCUUCAGGGACUUAACACCAUCAUGAGAACUUUGCGUUUUCUUGUCUUGAGAGAAGAUCUUUAGCAAGGUACUUAUCCUGAAAUAUGUUAAAUGAAUAGAAUGAAUGGGUAAGUUGUCAAACUAAAAUGCUUUGGUUAAAAGCACCUGCAGAGCAACUAAAUAAUGUAAUUAUGAUAGUGAUAAUAAGUAUGACUGUAAUUAGUGCAGCAAAUCCACUAGGAAUUGUCAUCUCAGGAGCCCUGGGAGGAGAGAACUGGAUUUUUGUGUGUGUGUGUGUGUGUGUGUGUGUGUGUGUGUGUGUGGGGUCUCACUGCUUCAUGUCCACGUCUGUGUGAAAAACCAUAAGGGCUCCGCCAUGAUGCUCCUCCACCACCAGGGGGCAGGUUAGAAACAGCCCCCCCCAUCAUCACCACACACCUCUGUCCUGAAGGACAGGGGACCCAGGUUUCUUCUUUUUAAAUUGUUUGCCGCCCACUCCACUUAUUUAAUAAGGUAACUAAAGUUAAAAAAAAAAAACAAAAACAAAGGGCUAUGGUAAAUUCAGAGCACUUUUACCUCAUUGUGCUUUGUCACCCUUCCUGCAGGCGGCGCUCUUUGAAGACUCUAAUCUCAUGUGAUCCCCUGCUGGUCUCAUUCUAGCCCCUUAACACACCUUUUCUUCAACCAAGAGUCACAGGUUUAGUGAAGUUUGGCAAGGCAGUUUACCGUAUCGGUGCAGACAGAUGUGGUCCCAAAGUGGAAGAUGCUGUGACUCGGUGUAUACUGUGUGUGUAAAGGUGUGUGUUCGACAGUCCCCACUCCCAUAUCCCCAUGCACUAUCCUUUCAGCCCCACAUCACACAAGCCCCAGGUGGGAUCGUCUAUGCAAUGCUUACCCCUUCCACCUAGACUGUACUUAAUGCCUGUCUCUGUCCACAUGUACCUGUAUUUACCUGUAUUUAAUGGAAUUCCUACUUCAGGUUGUCCACUAUUACUCUGCCCUGAAGACCCGUACAAGUUUCCACUGAAAUAAAAUG